AUGGGAAUAGAAUCAGGGAGCCAUGAUGGUCGGAAAAAACCCUUUAAGUCAGAGUACAAAGAAACGGACUACGAUUCACCUACUCCUAAAGAUGGCUCGAAUCCAUUUGUGAAUAUCAUGGAAGAGCUCAAGUUGUCAUAUUUGACGGCAGUGGGAAAAUUAGAGGAGUUCGAAUCCGAGGCAAAUGAGGAUAAGGGGACAAAAUGUAAAAAGAAGUCCUCUUUCAAGAGCAAAUUGAAAACAAACAGGGAUAACAUCCCUAAAGAAGACAUGGAAAUGGUCACAAAACUCUUGAAACAACAAAGUGAAGCGAUCAGCUACAAACAAUGGCACGAGACAAGUGUGAAGUUGGACGAGGUUUUGGGAAAUAACGAGUGGAAAAGUAUCAAAGACUCGGACCUAUAUGAUUACAAGCUAGUGGAAAAACAGCUAAACGAGCUGAAAGCAGCAAGACUGAACAAAGAUUACUAUCGGAUGCUUUAUAUAAUCCGGACUACCUGGAGGAGGAAUUUUGCAGGCAUAGAUAACACCAAACUUUAUGGAAUGUGCUAUGUGGGAACAAAAGUGCUUAUCGAAGAAUAUCUUUCGGAAUGCGAGAAAUGCUUACGUGAAUUGUCCAAACCAGACUGUCCUCUAAACGACAAUCACACCCUUGAGAUGCUCACGCAGACUCGGAGGAAUUAUGGCCAGAUUGCAAUAACGAUGAGUGGUGGUGGAACUUUUGGUUUAACUGGCAUUGGUGUUUUUGCAGCUCUUUUCGAGAAUUCAAUAUUUCCAAAAAUGGUUUCCGGUUCCAGUUGUGGCUCUAUAAUGAGUACUGCAGUUUGUGCGCUGCACGACAACGAAAUUUUGGAUCUUUUGAGCCAUUUAUUCACGGAUAAGUUUGAAGUGUUUGGUAGUGAGGAUGAUCCGCAGUCUAUUAUUGGCAGCUUGAAUAGAUUUCUGAAGUAUGGAGUCUUGUUUGACAACCUUGGCCUUCAAGGAACCGUGAAAAGCUUAUUUGGAGAUAUCACAUUUAGAGAAGCUUUCAACAAAACAGGCAGAAUUCUCAACAUCACUGUUUCACCUGCAUCUAUUCACGACCAGCCUACUCUUUUAAAUUAUUUAACGGCUCCACAUGUUAUGAUUUGGUCUGCAAUAUGUGCUAGCUGCUCUGUUCCGCUAAUAUUUCCAUCCUCGACAAUUUAUGAAAAGGAUAUCAAAACGGGCGAGCAGAAGGAGUGGUGCAAUCCAAUGGUGAAAUUUGUGGAUGGCUCCGUGAACGGAGAUUUGCCAAUUACACGUUUAUCUGAAAUGUUCAACGUGAAUCACGUUAUAGCAUCUCAAGUGAAUCCACAUAUACUUCCACUUGUGCGUUUCUCCAUGGAGUGUGAACAGCCAAGAAGGAGGAACUCGCUAGGAUUGAUGUUCAAACGACUAGUAAAGAAAACGUUCAAGGUCACCUGCUGGGAGAUAUCGCAUUACUUGGACGUUUUAACAGAAAUAGGUAUCUUCCCAAACAUCAGCACAAAGCUUAAACAGCUCAUAACACAGCCUUACAGCGGGGAUAUUACAAUCUUACCUGAGAUAAAAUUGGACAGUCUAUCCUCAUUGUUUGCAAACCCGACCGCCGACUUCUUUUGGAAUUGCAUUAUAGGGGGAGCCAGGGCGACAUGGCCGCAGAUAGAGAUGAUAAAGGAUCAUUGCAUGAUUGAAUUUGCAUUAGACAAGGCAAUCACAACUUUAAGAUCAAGAAUUAUAACAAGAGGUGAUACAACUGCCCCAAAGCAGCUCACACUACUAGACUGUAAGAAUAUAGAGAUUGAAGAACACGACUUUGAAGGUCCUCGUGAAAGAAGAGAAUCCAUGUUUCGAGAAAGAUCCGGAAGCCUUUCAUGCUACCAUUUUUCAGGGGAAAGCACUACUCCAUAUGAGAGGCGGCCCAGCACUUCUUCCAUGAGUGGUCUCAACCAAAGAAGCCCUUUUGAAAAUACUCUAUUUUCGAGAGGACCCACUUUCAUUUCUCCUAGGACUCCUGUGAGGUAUUCUCCUACAAAGGGCAGAUCUUCCAGAAGGAUAUAUUCAUCCUUCUCGUCGAAUUCCUUACACACGGCCUAUCGUCGUAGUUUGGAGAUAGGUACCAGCUUUGGAAGCACUUCCCACACAAGAAGACACUCCGCUGAAAUUGGGAAGAUUACAGGAUCCGACGAGAACGAUUAUCGAGACAUUUUCAAGUGA